AUGGAACAUAACAUGGACGACGAGCUCCCUUCCUUUAACUUUGGCCUAUCCGACUCAACAAACGAUGGCUCCAGCUUUCACUUUGAGAACGAUCCAGCAGAUCCUUAUGAGCGUACAAAUGUGAUCGAGAGGCGAGGCCUCAUUCAUGUUCGGUGCAAUGUGAGAGACAUUGUUCAUGGCCAAUGGGGUGAGGACAGCGAUGUGGAGGCAACGCUCCUCAUUUUGCUCUUUCGUUUCGAUCCCGAUGACCUCGGCCGCCGCGUCAAGACCGCCCGCAUUAAGCUGUCCUUCUUAGGGUCAUCAACCGAUCGUCCUGAUCCAGAAGUAGUACGGAUCUGGCCCAACGAAAGCUACGCCAUUCUUCCUACAAAGCGGACGGAGACGGUCUGUGUUGGAGGCAAGGGCUCUGUGACUGCUGGGUUUGCAGGUUUCGAGGUGGGGGCUGAAUUAUCGCGGGAAAAAUCAGUGGAACGCGAACUUCAGAGCAUGGGAAUUGUGCGAGGCUCUGCUGAUACCGAAGGCCGUAAUUUUGGCCUUCACAAUAGUGCCUCAUGGACGCUUAUGGAGAAUCCGAAUACGAAGAACGGAGUUGCAGCCUCUAUGCAGUGUGCCAUCCUUCUGAAACGCCGAGCUUUAGAGGAGCAAUUCAGUGCAACGGUCCAAGUCACCGUACAUGCAGACCGUCCGACUGCUGCCAAGGAAUGGAUUCGUGGUGUCUUCACCCAGCCGAGCAAGGUUGACCCUAUCAUAUUCGACCCCAAGCGUCAACCAACCAACCAAUUGCGCAUUUACGAUAAUCAGGCUCGGGCAAGUUUAGGCAGCAUCAAUCUAAAUGACCGAAGUCUGACUGAUAUAACAUUGCGUAAUAUAUGGGAGGGCGCUGAGAAGCAUACGUGA